UUUCUCCCGCGCCGAUCAACACUCAACAAGAACAAUCAACGUGCAGUGGCGUCUCUCAGGAAGAGAAGUAUGGAAGGUUUUCCGUGACAUCGGACGCCAGUGAUCUCAUGUAUCCACCCGGAGUUCAUGACUCUGAUUUCGAAGUCGAUGGACACGUUCCUACCUUGGCACCCAUUCAGCAAGAAUGGAACAUAGCUUCGCUAUGCUCUACGAGCACCAACGGUGCCUUCCUCACGGAUGCGAGAUCACCUUGUAGCACGGAACGACAGACGAUCUAUGGGGAAUUUUCUGACAGCCUCGGCCCUGUUUGUGGAAUCCAGGAGUGCGUUGGAACUUAUAGGCAGCACAUGCAAGAUCGCUCUCGGCUGUAUUAUGACUCUGUCCACCCCGUAGAUAAGCCAUCGCUCCCGGCGGAUUUGAACAGGACGCCCGCACUUGAAACCAACGAUUUUAGGUUCUGGGGACUUUCCAGCGAUAUCCUCGGAUCCGAACAAAAUUAUCUCACUCGAAUCAAGCACGAUAUCCAAAAGACGAUGAUGAAACAACUCGAAGACAGAUUAAACUACGAGUACCGCGUGCCACUGAUUGGAUCCGAUCAAUCUUUCGUGCAGACACUAGAUGAUCUGUUCCCUACCCCGCCAAUGGAUAUGAGCCACAUUAUAGAUUCACCGGUCGUUCGUUCUGGGCAAUUCGCUGUCACUUUCCCGUUCCGUACUCUGCCUGAGAUCAAGCGCGAACUGCCGAGUGAGGACUGGCAAAUACACGAUCCAUUCGGGUACCACACCAGUGAUAUUCAUGGCUUUACGACCCAUACAAACCAGCAGAGCGCAAAUAUACCUUUGCAGGCCGUGGAAAUGGAACGUUUUCAAUCGACACCGAAAUCCCUCACAUCUUACGCCGACCAUCACAGUAUUACUCUUUCAAGUGCCAGUAGCGGUAGUUCGACUUUAGAAUGUCGCGUGCGCAGGUGCAAGGGUCCGUUUGACCAAACAGAUGCACACUUCGUUACCUUCGGGCAGUGCAGGUCACCCCUCCGCGAACGGCAUAGCAUGCGAACUAUGUCAGCUACGUCCCGUAGCGAGCCAAGAACACAAGCUACUGCGCCUGCGGGUGGCAGCAUAUAGAUUACUGUACUGGUCUUCAUCCCGGUAUCUUGGGUAGCUCAUUUCCAAGCACACCGCCCGUCGCCUGGUGCGACCAGCGCAUGCUUGUGUACACAGCUGGAUAUUAUAUUCAGUAUCACACCAAAUCACGCAGGCACGGUAUAGCCUGAUUUCUCCGAGUCUCUAUCAAUCUCGCUGGCAAACCAGUCACGGCUGUUUUAGAAGCAAGAAUCCAAUGAUGGACGUAAUUUUCUAUUUAGAAGCUGUUAGA